CUUUAUUUCCCGCUAGUUUUAAACCGUGCCCUGUCAAAGCUUCGAUGAAACUUCCACGUGUUAGUACGUGUAAAAGAAUUUGUACAGUGAUUAAUUUCUCUGUGAUGAGAUAUGAGUGAUGAGAGCCUGUUUAUAGCCAACAACUCUAAUUUUUCAAGAUGUCAGACACAAAUGUUGAAUGUGGCAAACAGUUGUACGACUGGGCAUAUAAUGAAAUGCAUUUUCUUCCGGAGGGAAAGUUUGCCAAUACAAAACCACCAACAGAGCAAGAUUUCAUAGAAAUUUGCCGAGGACAGGCCGGUGACAUAUGGAAAUUUGUCAUCAAACAUCUGCGUUCAACACAAACUGUUGAGAAAAUCAAAGCAAAUCUAGCUCUGAAGGCUGACCUGGCUCCAGAUUACCAGGUUGAAUAUCAAGGGGAUGAAGUUUACUGUGAGGAGAUGAACCAGCUGCAACAGGAGAAAGCUAAGCUAUCCACGGAGCUGUCGGAGCUACAAGAAGACAUUAGGCUGCUAGAGACCGAGCAGAGCCAAAUACAGGAGGAUCUUAUGAACACAGAAUGUAUGUUGAAGGAAAGCACUAACAGAAUCAAAAUGAAUCGACGUAAGGCUAUGUUGUUGACAAAUUUCUCAGAGAAAUGCGAUGCAGAAUCUGCUCAGUAUGAUGAAUUUUCCAAAAGAAUUGCAGCUCAGACUGAGCAAAUCCGCUCAAAGUCAAGGAAAAGUUCCACAGGUUUAUUAUAUGCCAAGGAAACUAGUAGUGGUGAAGAAAAGAAAGGUCUUGAUCCUGAACUCGAAACAGCGUGUUGUAAGAGUGUGAGAUAUUCCUGUGAUACCAUUGGUCAGUUUUUACAUGAAGUUUUACAGGGACAUUUUGGCCAGGAUUCAGAGGCCUUGAAUCAAAGGAAAAAUGAGCUGUGGUCGUCAUUGGAGAGGGUGACGUCUGAGUUUCCCAUGGGUCAGAUUGUGAAGGCUCUGAUGAUGAAUACCCAGGAGUCUGUGAUCAAGAUCAUAGAGGACACAAACAACAUUGAUAUCAGCACAGAUGCUAAACAGCUACAGUUUAAAUAUGAAAAUUCGGGAGAAUUGGUGGACUUGUCAUCAGACGAGAAGACUUUAAAGGGUCUUGGUGAUCUCCUGCAGGAAUGUCAGUUACAUCACAUUCAGAAAUUCUUUGAGACGGAGAAGAACAAAAAUAAAGCCUGGAAGUUGCAUCAACAGACUGAAGCCAUUAUGUCUGACAUUAACAAGCAGUUACAGAGAGAGUACAUGGGCCGGCCAGAGGAACUAGGGUUAGCAAGGAAAUCUCUAGAAUCUAGGUUGCAGCUUGCUGGUGUCAAAGGUUCACUGCAGUGUUACCUGGAGGAAGGGAAAUCAUUGCAGGCUGGAGUAGAGAAGGCCGCUGAAGAGUCUCAGAAACUAACCCAGAAGUAUCGCAGAAUUCAGGACUUCAAGACUUUGUCUGAGAAGAAACAACAGAUGACCCAUGUACUUGUCAGACAGAACACUAACUCCUUCAGCCGCCUAGCUUCCCGUAGGACUGAGAUGAUGGAUUAUGUAGGAAAGUCCCUGACCGGCCUCAGCCACGAAAUCCUGUCCCUGAUAGACCAGUCUGAGGGAGGAGGUGAAAUGGAGGUGGAGAAGUUUAAAAGCCUCUCCCUGCCUUAUCUUCUCCACACAUGGACAGACAGUACCACAAAGGUGUCAGCACUGGACAUGCUGAUCCAUCAGAUUGACAGGGGAGAUAACACGGUGACUGGAAAGACUCUCCUCCAGACCAUGAAGAGUCUUAGAUAUCCCCUGUACAAGGCUCCCGAGUACCUUUUACUGCACUGUGUACAACUCAAGGCAGAUAUUGAUGAAGCAGAAUCACUUCUUCAUUACGACAACGUGUUUAGUGAAAAACUGGCUUUGGAAAGGGGAGAGAUUGAAGACAGAGUAACUUACAUGAGUGAUCUGUGUCAGAAAGUCAAAGAUCAUGAUCAGGAGCAGUUGGAGAAGACGUUGCCUCAACUAACAGACAGUGUGGAAAAGGCCACUGCUGGGUUGGAAAAUUGCAUAGAGCUGAAAGAUAUCGUCCAAGAUUGGUGGGAGCAGCCAGCCCAAAAUACCAUUCCUUGGGUGAAGUUUUGAAAACAUGAAUAUUCAACAAUGGAAACAUAAAUGGACAGUCAUGUCGACCAAAAAUCAAUCAAGAGGGUACAUGACUGGGGUCUAUUCAUGAAGUUUAACUUGAAAGAAAAUGCUCAGAAAUGGAAAAUGCCAUUUGAAAUUGUCUCAAAUCUUGUAUGUCAUACAUUGUUUGAUUUCAUCCUAUUAUCUUGUGAUCAGUCCAUUUUUGGCCCAUCAGCAUGCAGUCCUGACAGGUAUGGGGCACGUGAAAAUGUCCCUUCAUCCAAAACACAGUAGAAAGGAAAACCUAAUAGGAUAAAAGGUGUGUCCUUUGUUACUGACCAAUCAUAUUUCUAGCUGCAGCCUUUUGAAAUGACAGCAAAAUAGGGUGGGGUCUCCUCCUUCUGCUUGUAUGUUUACUGCACUUGUAUGUUUCAAACUGAUUCAACGCUAAGAAUUAUGUUGUAUGGUCCUGUGCAGAAGCAGUUGCUGUCACGUAGGAUAUUAUUUCCUGUGCAAUUGGUUAUCCACCGGUGCUGCUCUUCUGAUGAAUGGGAGACUAUAUAUGUUAAAUUUGAUCAUUUUUACCAUUUAAGUAUUACUUUUAUGCAUGUUUGCAUGUGCACUUUUUGAAAUUAUAACAUUAAAUAAAUUAGAAAAUAAAAUUCAUACCCGAAAAAGAAACACCUCUGUUUUAUAGCAAAACAUUAUCAUGUCAUUAAGCAGAAAGUCCAACACACGAAAAUUUGGCCAAAUUUAACAUGUAUAGUUUCUUCUGAUCAUCAAUGUACUUAUUCUAUUAUACAGCUGAAAAUUGUUUCUGUUGGGAGAGCAACUUGGGUUGGUAUUAGCCUUUCAACAAGAACAGAAACUUCGUCAAUGUUUAUAGGUGAUUUAGUGGAUUUGCCUCCCCUUGGACACUGGGGGUUUGUUGAGCCUGAAGCAUAACAAACAUACCAUGAACAUUAUCAUCAAGUCUGGGGGUUGUGUAAGGUAUCUGAAUAAGAGCAAAUGUUUGAUCUCGGCUCAUUCCUGUUAUCACCACCCAUACAUCCGAUUGCCAUUGGAUAGGUUUAAAUAUUCUUGAGCACUAAGUAAAACGUCAGUGAAAUAAAUAUAUUUAAUCAUGAAGAAAGGUGCACAUGCCUCAAGUGAUGUGCUUUCUCACGGCAUGCAUAAACUUAGUCUCUGGGAUAGUGCAAAGACACAGGUACAUGCACUUGUCUUAACUUUUCUGGUCUUUCUAAAUGCAUAUAUGUUGUACCUACAAUUCAUUUUGAAAACAUUGCCCUUUAUAAAGGUUAGUUCGAGGAAAAUUGACGAAAUGAAAGAACUGUAGAAACAUUAAGCAAUAGUAAUAAAGCUGAAUCGGGCA